AUGAAGCAGACAGCAGUCCUCCCCAUUCUUCCAAUCCUCUUCACCACCGCUCGCGCGGGCAAUAUCCUCUGGAGCGGAAUCUUCAAUUCCUCCGUCACGGUUGCGGACUUUGAUUUGUGGUCCUGGUCCAACCAGAUCGAGCCAUGGCAAUGGUACAUCCACGGCAGUGGGCCGACGAGCGAGUAUCUGGGUCUGUCGCCUGAUUUCAAGAAUCCAGCGGAUACGAGCGAUGCGCAGGGCAUAAGGAUUACAAUUGAUGGAACGUCCUUCUGGGAAGGACAGAAUAUGGAACGGACGGAGAUCAUCCCUCAGACGUCCCAGAAUCUCGGCACAGGCCAUUUGUACUAUCAUUUCUCGCUGAAGGCGUCGAGUGAGAAUCCGCCGAAUGACACGUUCGAGCAUCAGAUUGCUUUCUUUGAGAGCCACUUCACCGAAAUAAAAUACGGCACGCUGAGCGGACAAACCGCCCCGGAUAACACGCUGCGCUGGGACGUGCAAUCCGUCACGCAGUGGUCGACGCAACUGGUGCCAGACAACUGGUACAACUUUGCGUACGACAUCGACUUCGACGCGGGGACCGUCGGCCUCUGGGCGUCCAACGGCUCGGAUCCGCUGCAGCAGGUCGUGGCGCCCAUCAGCGCGGCGACGUCGACCAAUUCUGAAGACUGGCACGUCGGCGAGUUGCGUUUGCCCAACGGUGGUUCGGACCCGGCGCCUGAGGACUGGUACUGGUCUGGUAUUUGGAUUGAGCAGGCUCCUAUUACGACGAGCAUUGCGGGGCCGUUGGCUAGCUAG